AUGGAACUCGGCACGGAGCCCAAGGAGCUCGGCUCCGAGCCUAAGGGGCUCGGCUCCGAGCCUAAGGAGCUCGGCUCCGAGCCUAAAAAGCUCAAAUCUGAGCCUGAGGAGCUCGGCUCCGAGCCUAAUGAGCCGGUUCCGAGCCUAUGGAGCUCGGCUCGGAGCCUAUGGAGCUCGGCACGGAGCCCAAAGAGCUCGGCUCCCCGC